AGAGACUGAGCGGAAAUACUACAAGAGAUGACCAGAGACUACGGACAUAGUACAGGAGAUGACCAGAGACUGCGGACAUAGUAAAGGAGAUGACCAGAGACUGCGGACAUAGUACAGGAGAUGACCAGAGACUGCGGACAUAGUACAGGAGAUGACCAGAGACUGCGGACAGUACAGGAGAUGACCAGAGACUGCGGACGUAGUACAGGAGAUGACCAGAGACUGCAGGCAGGAGAUGACCAGAGACUGCGGACACAGUAC